CGCAGCGCGCCUCUCCCCGGCCGGGCGGACACUUGGUUCAUUCCAGCCGCAGAAGCUCAGGGCUCCCGCGUACCGGGAUUUUUUUUUUUUCCUCCCGAAGCAGAAAGAAAAAAAAAAGCUUCAGAGCUCUCCUGACCUCCUUUCUCCUCAGCGGCGAGCGGAGCCUCUCCCUCGGGCUGCCGGCCGCGCCAUGCCGCGCUCGCGGGCACCGGAGCAGGGAUGUUGCGGCUGCCCGGCAGGGAGGGCUCGCGGCGAAACCGGGAUUUGGGCGCUUGUGCCGGGCACCGGGAGUCGCUGGGGCCGCCCGCCGCCACCACCGCCGCCGCCGCCACCACCGCCGCCGCCGCCACUAUUGCUGCUGCUGGGUUGGGGGCUGCUCAGUGCCUCGGCUGCCGCGGGCCAGAACUGCACAUUCCAACUGCAGGGUCCCAAUGGGACAGUGGAGAGCCCAGGGUUCCCUUAUGGCUACCCCAAUUAUGCCAACUGCACAUGGACCAUCACCGCGGAGGACCAGCACCGGAUCCAGCUCGUGUUCCAGUCCUUUGCCCUGGAAGAGGACUUCGAUGUCCUGUCAGUGUUUGAUGGCCCACCCCAGGCAGAGAACCUCCGUACAAGACUCACCGGCUUUCAGCUACCGGCCACCAUAGUCAGCGCGGCCAGCACCUUGUCCCUGAGCCUCAUCAGCGACUAUGCAGUCAGUGCCCAGGGUUUCCGUGCCAGCUAUGAAGUUCUCCCGAGCCACACUUGUGGGAACCCAGGGAGGCUGCCCAACGGUGUCCAACAAGGCUCCACCUUCAACCUGGGUGACAAAGUCCGCUACAGCUGCAACCCUGGCUUCUUUCUGGAGGGUCAUGCGGUGCUCACCUGCCAUGCCAGUUCCGAGAACAGUGCCACGUGGGACUUUCCUCUGCCUUCCUGCAGAGCGGACGACGCCUGUGGAGGAACCCUGCGGGGGCAGAGUGGCAUCAUCUCCAGCCCCCACUUUCCCGCCGAGUAUCAUAACAAUGCCGACUGCACGUGGACCAUUCUGGCUGAGCUUGGGGACACCAUCGCCCUGGUCUUUAUUGACUUCCAGCUAGAGGAUGGUUAUGACUUCCUGGAGGUCACGGGGACCGAAGGCUCCUCUCUCUGGUUUACUGGAGCCAGUCUCCCAGCCCCUGUCAUCAGCAGCAAGAACUGGCUGCGGCUGCACUUCACGUCAGAUGGCAACCACCGGCAGCGUGGCUUCAGCGCCCAGUACCAAGUCAAGAAGCAAAUUGAACUGAAGUCCCGAGGCGUGAAGCUGAUGCCCAGCAAAGACAACAACCAGAAGACGUCUGUGUUAACUCAGGUUGGUGUGUCCCAAGGACAUAAUAUGUGUCCAGACCCUGGAAUACCUGAAAAGGGCAAAAGACUAGGCUCAGACUUCAGGUUAGGAUCCAGUGUCCAGUUCACCUGCAACGAAGGCUAUGACCUGCAAGGGUCCAAGCGGAUCACCUGCAUGAAAGUGAGCGACAUGUUUGCAGCCUGGAGUGACCACAGGCCAGUCUGCCGAGCCCGGAUGUGUGAUGCCCACCUCCGAGGCCCCUCGGGCAUCAUCACUUCCCCCAACUUCCCCAUUCAGUAUGAUAACAACGCCCACUGUGUGUGGAUCAUCACAGCACUCAACCCCGCUAAGGUGAUCAAGCUGGCCUUUGAAGAGUUUGAUUUAGAAAGGGGCUAUGACACCCUGACGGUCGGGGACGGUGGGCAGGAUGGGGACCAGAAGACAGUCCUCUACAUCCUGACAGGUACGUCCGUCCCAGACCUCAUCGUCAGCACCCAUCACCAAAUGUGGCUCCUCUUCCAGAGCGACAGCAGUGGCAGCUCCUUGGGAUUCAAGGCUUCCUACGAAGAGAUUGAGCAGGGCAGUUGCGGAGACCCCGGCAUACCCGCCUACGGCCGGAGAGAAGGCUCUCGCUUUCGCCACGGUGACACACUCAAGUUUGAAUGUCAGCCUGCCUUUGAGCUGGUGGGGCAGAAAUCAAUCACGUGCCAAAAGAAUAACCAGUGGUCGGCUAAGAAGCCAGGCUGUGUGUUUUCCUGCUUCUUCAACUUCACCAGCCCCUCUGGGAUCGUCCUGUCUCCUAACUACCCUGAGGACUACGGCAACCAUCUUCACUGCGUCUGGCUCAUCCUGGCCCGGCCUGAGAGCCGCAUCCACCUGGCCUUCAAUGACAUUGACGUGGAGCCUCAGUUUGAUUUCCUAGUCAUUAAAGAUGGCGCCACGGCCGAGGCCCCGGUGCUAGGCACCUUCUCAGGAAAUCAGCUCCCCUCCUCCAUCACCAGCAGUGGCCACGUAGCCCGUCUAGAGUUCCAGACUGACCACUCCACAGGCAAGAGAGGCUUCAACAUCACCUUUACCACCUUCCGACACAACGAGUGCCCAGAUCCUGGCGUUCCAGUAAACGGCAAGAGGUUUGGUGACAGCCUGCAGCUGGGCAGCUCCAUCUCCUUCCUGUGUGAUGAAGGCUUUCUCGGGACGCAGGGCUCAGAGACCAUCACCUGUGUUCUGAAGGAGGGCAGCGUGGUGUGGAACAGUGCCGUGCUGCGCUGUGAAGCUCCCUGUGGUGGUCACCUGACUUCCCCCAGCGGGACCAUCCUCUCUCCAGGCUGGCCUGGCUUCUACAAGGAUGCCCUGAGCUGUGCCUGGGUGAUAGAAGCUCAACCCGGAUACCCCAUCAAAAUCACAUUUGACAGGUUUAAAACCGAGGUCAACUAUGACACCCUGGAAGUGCGAGAUGGGCGGACAUAUUCAGCACCUUUGAUUGGAGUUUACCACGGGACCCAGGUACCCCAGUUCCUCAUCAGCACCAGCAACUACCUCUAUCUCCUCUUCUCCACUGACAAGAGUCACUCAGACAUCGGCUUCCAGCUCCGCUAUGAGACCAUCACCCUGCAGUCGGACCACUGUCUGGACCCAGGGAUCCCCGUCAAUGGGCAGCGUCAUGGAAAUGACUUCUAUGUGGGUGCCCUGGUGACCUUCAGCUGCGACUCGGGCUACACAUUAAGCGAUGGGGAGCCCCUGGAGUGUGAGCCCAAUUUCCAAUGGAGUCGGGCCCUCCCCAGCUGCGAAGCUCUCUGCGGUGGCUUCAUUCAAGGCUCCAGUGGCACCAUCUUGUCACCAGGAUUCCCCGACUUCUACCCCAACAACUUGAACUGCACGUGGGUCAUCGAGACGUCACACGGCAAGGGCGUGUUCUUUACCUUCCACACCUUCCACCUGGAGAGCGGCCAUGAUUACCUCCUCAUCACUGAGAACGGCAGCUUCACACAGCCCCUGAGGCAGCUGACAGGUUCGAGGCUCCCGGCACCCAUCAGCGCUGGGCUCUAUGGCAACUUCACUGCCCAGGUCCGCUUCAUCUCUGAUUUCUCCAUGUCCUAUGAAGGAUUCAACAUCACCUUCUCAGAGUAUGACCUGGAACCCUGUGAGGAGCCGGAGGUCCCAGCCUACAGCAUCCGGAAGGGCUUACAGUUUGGUGUGGGUGACACCCUGACCUUCUCCUGCUUCCCCGGGUACCGUCUGGAGGGCACGGCCCGCAUCACGUGCCUGGGGGGCAGACGGCGCCUGUGGAGCUCGCCUCUGCCAAGGUGUGUUGCGGAGUGUGGGAAUUCGGUCACGGGCACUCAGGGCACUUUGCUGUCCCCCAACUUUCCUGUGAACUACAAUAACAAUCACGAAUGUAUCUACUCCAUCCAGACCCAGCCGGGGAAGGGGAUUCAGCUUAAAGCCAAGGCAUUUGAACUCGCUGAAGGAGACCUCCUCAAGGUCUAUGAUGGCACUAACAACUCCGCCCGUUUGCUGGGGGUCUUCAGCCGCUCUGAGAUGUUGGGGGUGACUUUGAACAGCACGUCCAGCAGCCUGUGGCUCGACUUCAUCACAGAUGCCGAAAACACCAGCAAAGGCUUUGAACUUCAGUUCUCUAGUUUUGAACUCAUCCGAUGCGAAGAUCCAGGGACCCCACAGUUUGGCUACAAGGUUCACGAUGGAGGUCAUUUUGCCGGGAGCUCCGUGACCUUCAACUGUGACCCUGGCUACACACUGCGGGGCAGUGAGGAGCUGAUGUGUCUAAGUGGGGAACGCAGGACCUGGGACCGACCACUGCCCACCUGUGUCGCUGAGUGUGGAGGGACAGUGAGAGGAGAGGUGUCAGGGCAGGUGCUGUCGCCUGGGUACCCAGCCCCCUAUGAACACAAUCUCAACUGCAUCUGGACCAUCGAGGCAGACGCCGGAUGCACCAUUGGGCUGCAUUUCCUUGUGUUUGACACAGAAGAGGUCCACGACGUGCUACGCAUCUGGGAUGGGCCCGUGGAGAGCGGGGUGCUCCUCAAGGAGCUGAGCGGCCCCAUGCUGCCCAAGGACCUGCACAGCACCUUCAACUCGGUCGUCCUGCAGUUCAGCACGGACUUCUUCACCAGCAAGCAGGGCUUUGCCAUCCAGUUCUCAGUGUCCACAGCGACAUCCUGCAACGACCCUGGAGUUCCACAGAACGGGAGUCGGAGCGGCGACAGCUGGGAAGCUGGUGAUUCCACGGUCUUCCAGUGUGACCCAGGCUACGCGCUGCAGGGGAGUGCGGAGAUCAACUGCGUUAGAAUCGAGAACAGAUUCUUCUGGCAGCCCAGCCCGCCCACGUGCAUCGCUCCUUGCGGGGGAGACCUAACUGGGCCAUCGGGAGUCAUCCUGUCACCAAACUACCCAGAACCCUACCCACCAGGCAAGGAGUGUGACUGGAAAGUGACCGUCUCUCCGGACUACGUCAUCGCCCUGGUAUUUAACAUAUUUAACUUGGAGCCUGGCUAUGAUUUUCUCCACAUCUACGAUGGACGGGACUCUCUCAGCCCUCUCAUAGGAAGCUUCUAUGGCUCCCAGCUCCCGGGCCGCAUCGAAAGCAGCAGCAACAGCCUCUUCCUCGCCUUCCGCAGUGAUGCCUCUGUGAGCAAUGCCGGCUUCGUCAUUGACUACACAGAAAACCCAAGGGAGUCAUGUUUUGACCCUGGUUCCAUCAAGAAUGGCACUCGAGUGGGCUCUGACCUGAAACUGGGCUCCUCCAUCACCUACUACUGCCACGGAGGCUACGAGGUUGAGGGUGCCUCCACCCUGAGCUGCAUCCUGGGGCCUGAUGGGAAGCCACUGUGGAACAACCCAAGGCCAGUCUGCACCGCUCCCUGUGGUGGACAGUAUGUGGGUUCAGAUGGAGUGGUCCUGUCCCCAAACUACCCCCAGAACUAUACCAGUGGACAGACCUGCUUGUACUUUGUCACCGUACCUAAGGACUAUGUGGUGUUUGGCCAGUUUGCCUUCUUCCACACGGCCCUCAACGACAUAGUGGAAGUUCACGAUGGCUACAGCCAGCACGCCAGGCUCCUCAGCUCACUCUCCGGCUCCCACACAGGAGAGUCGCUGCCCUUGGCCACCUCCAAUCAAAUUCUCAUUAAGUUCAGCGCCAAAGGCCAAGUACCAGCCAGGGGGUUCCAUUUUGUCUACCAAGCGGUGCCCCGAACCAGUGCCACACAGUGCAGCUCUGUGCCAGAACCCCGCUAUGGAAAAAGGCUGGGCAGUGACUUCUCCGUGGGGGCCAUCAUCCGCUUUGAAUGCAACUCGGGCUACGCCCUUCAGGGGUCCCCAGAAAUCGAGUGUCUCCCUGUCCCUGGGGCAUUGGCCCAGUGGAAUGUCUCUGCACCAACCUGUGUGGUACCCUGUGGUGGCAACCUCACUGAACGCAGGGGCACCAUCCUGUCGCCUGGCUUCCCGGAGCCCUACCUCAAUAGCCUCAACUGCGUGUGGAAGAUCAUGGUCCCAGAAGGAGCUGGCAUUCAGAUACAAGUCAUAAGCUUUGUUACGGAGCAGAACUGGGACUCUCUAGAAGUGUUUGACGGAGCAGACAACACCGUAACCAUGCUGGGGAGUUUCUCAGGGACAACAGUGCCCGCCCUGCUGAACAGCACCUCCAACCAGCUCUACCUCCACUUCUACUCCGACAUCAGCGUGUCUGCUGCCGGCUUCCACCUGGAAUACAAAACUGUGGGCCUGAGCAGUUGUCCCGAACCAGCUGUACCCAGUAACGGGGUGAAGACAGGCGAGCGCUACUUGGUGAAUGACGUGGUCUCUUUCCAGUGUGAGCCAGGAUACGCCCUCCAGGGCCAUGCCCACAUCUCCUGCAUGCCUGGAACUGUGCGCCGAUGGAACUACCCUCCUCCACUCUGCAUUGCUCAAUGUGGGGGAGAAGUGGAAGAGAUGGAGGGGGUGAUCCUGAGCCCCGGUUUCCCAGGCAACUACCCCAGUAACAUGGACUGUUCCUGGAAGAUCGUGCUGCCUGUGGGCUUUGGUGCUCACAUCCAGUUUUUGAACUUCUCUACGGAGCCUAACCACGACUUCUUAGAAAUCCGGAGUGGUCCCUCUGAGACCAGCCGCAUGAUGGGCAGGUUCAGCGGGAGCGAGCUGCCAGGCUCCCUGCUCUCCACGUCCCACGAUACCAUUGUGUAUUUCCACAGCGACCAUUCCCAGAACCGGCCAGGUUUCAAGCUGGAGUACCAGGCCUACGAACUUCAAGAGUGCCCAGACCCAGAGCCUUUUGCUAAUGGCAUCGUGAGAGGAGCUGGCUAUAAUGUCGGACAAUCGGUGACCUUUGAAUGCCUUCCGGGAUAUCAACUGACUGGCCAGCCCGUCCUCACAUGUCAACAUGGCACCAAUCGGAACUGGGACCACCCCCUACCCAGGUGUGAAGUCCCCUGUGGUGGGAACAUCACCUCUUUCAAUGGCACCGUGUACUCACCUGGAUACCCCAGCCCCUACUCCAGCUCCCAGGACUGUGUCUGGCUCAUCACUGUGCCCAUUGGCCAUGGUGUCCAUCUCAACCUCAGCCUGCUGCAGAUAGAACCCUUUGGAGACUACAUCACUGUCUGGGACGGGCCACAGCAGACAUCUCUACAGCUUGGCGUCUUCACCCGGAGUCUGUCCAAGAAAAUAGCACACAGCUCUUCUAACCAGGUCCUGCUCAAGUUCCACCGGGACACAGCCACGGGUGGGAUCUUCGCCAUCGCCUUCUCAGCUUAUCCACUCACCAAGUGUCCUCCCCCAACCAUCCUUCCCAAUGCUGAAGUGGUCACAGAGAAUGAAGAAUUCAACAUAGGUGACAUCGUCCGCUACAGGUGCCUUCCAGGCUUUACCUUAGUGGGAAGUGAAAUUCUGACCUGCAAGCUAGGAACCUACCUGCAGUUUGAAGGUCCACCCCCAAUAUGUGAAGUACACUGCCCAACCAAUGAGCUUCUAACAGACUCCACGGGCGUGAUCCUCAGCCAGAGCUACCCUGGAAGCUACCCACAGUUCCAGACCUGCUCCUGGCUGGUGAGGGUGGAGCCGGAGUACAACAUCUCUGUCACGGUGGAAUACUUCCUCAGCGAGAAGCAGUAUGAUGAGUUUGAGAUCUUUGACGGUCCCUCAGGACAAAGUCCUCUGCUGAAAGCUCUCAGCGGGAAUUACUCGGCUCCCCUGAUUGUCACCAGCUCAAGCAACUCUGUGUACCUGCGCUGGUCAUCUGACCACGCCUAUAAUCGGAAGGGUUUUAAGAUUCGGUAUUCAGCUCCCUACUGCAGCCUGCCUAAGGCUCCGCUCCACGGCUUCAUCCUGGGCCAGACUACGACCCAGCCAGGCGGCUCCAUCCAUUUUGGCUGCGACAGGGGCUACCGUUUGGUGGGACACAGCAUGGCCAUCUGCACCCGGCACCCGCAAGGCUACCACCUGUGGAGUGAGGCCAUUCCUCUCUGUCAAGCUCUUUCCUGUGGUCUCCCUGACGCGCCCAAAAACGGAAUUGUGUUUGGCAAGGAGUACACCGUGGGGACUAAGGCUGUGUACAGCUGCAAUGAAGGCUACCACCUCCAGACGGGUGCCGAGGCCACCGCAGAGUGUCUGGACACCGGCCUGUGGAGCAACAGCAAUGUCCCCCCACAGUGUGUCCCUGUGACCUGUCCCGAUAUCAGCAGCAUCAGUGUGGAACACGGCCGGUGGAGGCUCAUCUAUGAGACCCAGUACCAGUUCCAGGCCCAGCUGAUGCUCAUCUGUGACCCCGGCUACUACUACACUGGCCAGAGGGUCAUCCGCUGCCAGGCCAAUGGCCGUUGGAGCCUGGGAGAGUCUAUGCCUACCUGUCAAAUCAUCUCCUGUGGAGAGCUCCCCACACCUCCAAGUGGGCACCGCAUUGGAACAAUGUCUGUCUACGGGGCAACCGCCAUCUUCUCCUGCAAUUCUGGAUACACGCUGGUGGGCUCCAGGGUACGGGAGUGCCUGGCCAAUGGGCUCUGGAGUGGUUCUGAAGUCCGCUGCCUUGCUGGACACUGUGGGACCCCAGAGCCCAUUGUCAACGGGCACAUCAACGGGGAGAACUUCAACUACCGAGGCAGCGUGGUGUACCAGUGCAGCGCUGGCUUCCGCCUGAUUGGCAUGUCUGUGCGCAUCUGCCAGCAGGAUCAUCACUGGUCGGGCAAGACCCCUUUCUGUGUGCGUAAGUAUGGCAGCCCCUCUCCCUAG